AUGGAGAAAUUGGCGAAUGUUGUUUUCCUCUGCCUUUCGAUCUUUUGUAAAUUUUGUAAUGCAAACCAGGAAAUGUACCUUCACAGGUUGUUCAAGUCCAGAAUAUCACAUAAUUUUCCCGUUUCAGAUUAUUGGGAAAAAUUGCAUGAAAGAAGAGUGUCUUCUCCUGUGUAUGCUGCACCUCAAGAUGGGCUAAUGCAAGCAGACAAGAUUGACAAGUUGCCGGGACAGCCUGAUAGUGUGGAUUUUGAUCAGUAUGCAGGGUAUGUCACAGUUGAUCCACAGGCCGGAAGAGCACUGUUUUAUUAUUUUGUUGAGUCCCCGGCGAAUUCUUCAACCAAGCCUCUGGUUUUAUGGUUAAAUGGAGGUCCAGGAUGUUCAUCCUUUGGAUAUGGAGCUAUGGAGGAAUUGGGCCCUUUUAGAGUCAAUAGCGAUGGAAGAACUCUUUUUCGAGAUAAUUAUGCAUGGAAUAAUGUGGCAAAUGUGAUUUUCUUGGAAUCACCUGCGGGCGUUGGUUUCUCUUAUUCAAACACGUCGUCUGAUUAUUACAACGAGAGUGAUACUAGCACUGCUAAUGAUUCCUAUAUUUUCCUUGUCAACUGGCUUGAGAGGUUUCCACAAUACAAAACCCGGGACUUCUACAUUACUGGCGAGAGUUAUGCCGGUCAUUACGUGCCACAGCUAGCAUACACAAUAUUGCUUAACAACAAGAACCCAAAUCAAACUGUUAUUAAUCUAAAAGGGAUUUCUAUAGGAAAUGCAUAUAUUGAAGACUGGACAAUCUCACCAGGAUACUACGAUUAUUUUUGGUCACAUGCCUUGAACUCAGACGAGACUCAUAAAGGGGUCUUUACAUUCUGUGACUUUGUGAAUGUCACUGUAUCAGACAAAUGCCAUGAUUUUAUACAUAAAGCUUACAAUGAGCUGGGAGUUAUUGACACAUUCAACAUUUAUGCUCCACGGUGCCAGAACCCUGUACUUAAAAACGAAUCAACCGGUUCUAUUAACUUCUUUGAUCCCUGCUCGGAUACAUACGUGGAACGUUACUUGAAUACUGCAGAGGUUCAAAGGGCUCUUCAUGUAAAACCUACAAAUUGGACUUUUUGCAGCCCUUAUGAAUUCACAGACAUGCCGAUAACUGUUUUGCCAAUCAUUGAGAAUCUCAUGGCUAGUGGCUUGAAGAUCUGGCUAUACAGUGGUGACUUAGAUGCAAAUGUUCCGGUGACAGCCACCAGAUAUGCAAUAAACAGACUAAAGCUUCAAAUUAAGAAUAUUUGGCGCGCAUGGUACCUUAACGACGAGGUCGGAGGAUACGUGGUGGAAUACAAAGGAUUAACAUUUGUAACAGUGAGAGGAGCCGGACAUGCUGUUCCGAGCUAUCAGCCUCAGCGCGCUCUUACUAUGAUUUCUUCCUUCCUUCAAGGGACACCUCUUCCCUUCUACUGA